CGCCGAUAUUCGGGGUCACUCUUCCAAUCACCCACUCCUUCAUUGCAUUUCAUGUCCUAGCCUGUCCUUCACUCUCCUCUCUCUUCUUUCUCUCUCUCUCACAACACACACUCCUCCUUUCACACACCAUCCUCUUUCUUAUUCAGGCAUAUAUUCCCUUCUCUCACUUAAAAACUCUCUCUCUCUCUCUCUCUCUUAGGGUUAGGGUUUCCUCUUUUACCUCUAAUGCUCCAACAUCUCUGUCUUCAAUUCCUCUAUUUCCAAUGUACGGUCACGCCCAGACUCUGAACAUGCCCAACCAGAUCGCCGCCGACGAUGACGACGUGUCUUGCGCCGGCGUCGAGUCCAUCGACAAUCCUCACAUUCGCUACGAAACUCACUCCCUCGACGACGAAACCGGCGCCGUUGUCGGCGGCGUCGUUGAGGACGUCACUGCCGACGCCGUCUACGCCCAUACUGGAGUCGCCACUGGAGUCUCGCCGGAUAUGGGGAUUCAGCGCCACGACGGUACUAGCCAGCUCACUCUCUCGUUUCGAGGCCAAGUCUAUGUCUUCGACUCUGUCACCCCCGACAAGGUUCAAGCUGUGUUGCUACUAUUGGGGGGAUGUGAAUUAACAUCGGGGCCACAAGCGGACAUGAUGAAUCAGAACCAGAGGGGUGGUGUAAUGGAUUAUCCCGUAAAGUGUAGUCAACCGCACAGAGCAGCUUCAUUAAAUAGGUUCCGCCAGAAGAGAAAAGAACGUUGCUUUGAUAAGAAAGUUAGAUAUAGUGUCCGUCAAGAAGUUGCACUCAGGAUGCAGCGUAAUAAGGGUCAAUUUACUUCUGCUAGAAAGUCUGACGGAGCUUAUGAUUGGGGUGUCCAGGAGUCAGGGCAAGAUGAUAGUCCACCAGAAACCUCAUGUACACACUGUGGCAUAAGUUCAAAGGCCACCCCAAUGAUGCGGCGGGGGCCAUCUGGUCCAAGGUCUCUUUGCAAUGCCUGUGGACUUUUUUGGGCAAACAGGGGUACAUUGAGGGAUCUCUCCAAGAAAACUCAGGAUCAUUCUAUGGCCACGGCUGAGCAGGUCGAAGGUGAAGCUAAUGAUUCAGACUGUGGACCUGCCAUUCAUGCAAACAACAAUCUCAUUACUUACUCUAAUGGUGAUAACUCAGCUUUAAUGGCUGAGCACUGAACUGUGAGUUAUCUUUACAGAGGAGGUCAUAGCAGUUGCCUCUGGCGUCAUUCAAGUAGGUCUUCUAGUAAUUCCUUAUGUCUUGUCCAUCCUAUCCAAUGUACAGAUGUAAUAGUGCCUUCAUCAAUACAAAGGGGUCAUCUCCUUUUAUAUCUUGGGACUAGAACGGACUAUCUAAAUGGAUCCAUCUUAUACUGUCAUGAAGCCAUAAUAUUGGUAAUUUGUAUACCAUAACUCCACCCCAAUAGUACAGUUUGGUGAAAAUCUAUGGCAUUUUCUUCUUCUCCUCCUCAAAUCUUUUUAAUGAAACAUUUAGUUGUCUA